AUGGCAAAUAUGAUUAUCGUUUUCUCGUUUGUUUUACUUCAAAUUUUGUCCCCAAUAUGCUCCCUGCCCCUUGCACCUGCAUUAUAUGUGUUCGGGGACUCCUUGUUUGACAGUGGUAAUAACAAUUUGCUUCCAACUUUUGCAAAAGCAAAUUACUUGCCCUAUGGUUCUGAUUUUGCUCAAGGUUCCACAGGAAGAUUCACUAAUGGAAGAAAUGUUGCCGAUUUUAUAGCUGAAUAUCUUGGAUUGCCAUAUUCUCCACCAUACACGAGUUUUGGGGGUCCAAGGUCGGUAACUGGGCUCAAUUAUGCAUCUGGGUCAUGUGGAAUUCUGCCAGAGACUGGAAGCAUACUUGGAAAAUGCCUGAAUUUAAGGGACCAGAUUAACUUACUUCAGAGGACAGCAGAGAAGGAUUUGCCCAAGAAGCUCAGAAACCCAACUAAGUUAUCUGAGCACUUAUCAAAAUCUAUAUACAUAAUCACUAUAGGGAGCAAUGACUACAUUAAUAAUUACCUUGACACCAAGACUUAUGAUACAAGCAAGCGCUAUAAGCCUCAGCCCUUUGCUCAACUCCUCAUUGAAAGGCUUGCCCAGGAAUUUGAGAGAUUGUACAAGUUGGGAGCCAGGAAGGUAAUAAUGUUUGACCUUGGACCAAUAGGGUGCAUGCCAUCAAUCACAAGGAAACAUGCACACCCUGGUGACUGCAUGGAAGAAACAAACCAAAUUGUAUCAUACUUCAAUGAGAGGCUCCCUGCAAUGCUAAAAAAUCUGACAUUUAGUCUUCCAGGCUCCAUCUUUGUUCAUGGUCAUGCCAACACACUAGGCUAUGAUGCUAUCAAAAAUCCAUCCAAAUAUGGUCUAACUGAUGGAGGCAAUCCAUGUUGCACCACUUGGGCAAAUGGGACUUCAGCAUGUAUCCCAUUGUCAAAACCAUGCCGAGACCCAAACGAGCAUGUCUUUUGGGAUGCUUUUCAUCUUACUGAAGCAGUAUAUUCAAUCAUAGCAUCUCGAUGUGUGAGUGAUAGAUCAAUAUGUACACCAAUGAGCAUUCAAGAGCUAGUCAAAAUGUAA